GAGCAGUGCUUAAGAGCAUCCCGCGGUGCAGGGCUGCCCUCGCAAUCUGACCGCCUACCCUACACUAUCUUUAUCGCGCCGUGUCCCUCCGCACGUUUGCGACCCCUCACGCUUCACCCGCCGCGCUGUGACGCCAGCGCAUCAGACCGAACCGCGGGUAGCGAGGUACAAGAUCGGGAGUCCCCCCCCUUCAGGCACCCGCGCGCAUGCAGCAGAAUGUUUUCACAAUGAACGAGCGCUCCAUCCUGGACACGGUGCAGCGAUGGCGCCGCGCAAAAUACUCAGCCCGCCCGUUCGCCCUGACUCUCCUCGCCAUCACGCUGAUCGCAGUGCUCGCGUGGGCAAAGGAACAGCGCGGAGCGGCGCCCGGCAGUGACGUACUGCGCAAGAGAGAUGUCACGAUACUCGACGAGGAGUGCCGUCUCGUCCACCAUGCGCCCGAUCAGUGCGCCUUCGUCCUUGCGAACUGCCCCGACGAAGAAGCCGGCGUCAUCUCCUACCUGACGCUCUACUACUGCCGCCUGCCUCAUGCCAAGCCGGUCGCCUUCGCCAUGAUGACCCUCUGGCUCGCGCUGCUCUUCAGCACCAUUGGCAUCGCCGCCAGCGACUUCUUCUGCGUCAAUCUGAGCACGAUUGCGAGCAUGCUGGGCAUGAGCGAGAGUCUGGCGGGUGUGACUCUGCUGGCAUUCGGCAAUGGCAGUCCAGACGUCUUCUCGACCUUUGCUGCCUUCCGCACACAUGCUGCGAGUUUGGCUGUGGGCGAGCUUAUCGGUGCCGCCAGCUUCAUCACUGCGGUGGUCUCGGGAUCCAUGGCCCUGAUCCGCCCCUUCAACGUCGCGCGCAAGAGCUUCGUACGGGACGUCGGCUUCUUCAUCGUUGCUGCAGGGUUCAGCAUGGGCUUCAUCGUCGACGGCAAGCUUCACCUGUGGGAAGCCGUCUCUAUGGUGGCCUUCUAUCUGUUCUACGUCGUCUUCGUUGUGGCUUGGCACUGGUGGCUCAAUCAGCGCAAGGCACGGAGACUCAAAGCUCCUGCCAGCCGCAGUCACCACGUUACGCCUGGAGGCGAAGAGGAAGAGAUCCCGCAGUAUUUCGAUGACGACGACGCGGCCCCAGCCAAUUCCAGAACACCGUCGCGGGGAGUUUCGAUCGACGACUUCCAUGCGCUCGAGCGCGCAGGCGGAGACCCCAUGGACGCAGACGAGAACGAGGAGGAGCGCGGACGCUGGAUGGGGGAGAUGUCGAACAACAUGCGCGUGAGUCGUCCGCCGCUAGGAGCUCGACGACCAACCCAGACGCUCAUUCGACCCAGCUUGGUGGGAGCGUUAGAGUUCAGAGCUGUGCUGUCGUCUUUGCAGAAGUCUAGGAACAUUCAGGCAAUGCCCAUUAGCCUGCGACGCUACUCGGAUGACCCAAGCUACACAACGGCCCAGCAGCAGGACCUCAUCUCCACAACAUCUGAUCCUGCUCCUCGACCACCUUUUGACGUUGCUUCGGUCUCAUCAGCAAAGUCACCAAGUAUUACCAGGCCAACAUUGGAGGUGCAACAGAACAUCAACCGUACAAGAGCGGUCUCGACCAACGACCUCGACAGUGUCCGUCUUCAGCCUAGCACUUUACAGGGGAAUCUGCCACAUAUCAGCUUCGCACCAGCAACCCCCGACUUGCGAGACAGCAUGUCCGCUCGAGCAGGCCAAGCGCCUCCUUCGCCAACGAUUUCACUGUCACCGCCCCCUUCGCAAUUGUCGUCGCGAGUGCCAAGUCCUCUGUCGUCGCGAGCUCCAAGUCCUGCGCCGUCGAGAAAUCGUGGCUACUCUGACCUGCUAGCUCCCCCAGGCCUCGAUUCUCAAGGUCUUUCGCAACGUUCAGGAACAUCAACCCCGAGCCCUCUUUCCUCACCCGUUCUCGGUCCUGGCGAUCGUCCCGCGCCACCUAAUCUAAAGUUGACCGUGCCUGGUGCUGCGUCACCUCCCCUCCCUUUCCCAACAUACACAGACUUUCCGUGGUCGGCACAUAGUUCGUCUCGGGCACAAAGUCUGCGCUUGCCUUCCCCAAGCGUGUCGCCCGAGUCUGCCUUCCAUAAUGAGAGCCUCUUUGGAGUCUACGAUGUUGCUCGGACACCAAGAUGGUGGCCCUCUCAAUUCCUUCCUGCGCCAUAUGUAUUCCUAUCGACACUAUUUCCAACACUGACAAGCUGGCGCGACAAGAACAUCUGGGACAAGUUGCUGGGUCUUGUAGCUGCACUCCCGGUCUUGCUACUUACAAUCACACUGCCUGUCGUCGAGCCAGCGAGCAACGAUGACGACCAGCAAGCCGGUCACCCUGACCUCGGUCUCCCAUCAGUCCUGACACCCGUCGGCGGCACCUUCGACCCUCAAUUCCGUCUCGACGGCUCUGCCCCAGUGAGCCGCUCCGGCACCGACCCCUCAAAGCUGCAGAAGUCCUCUUCACACCAACACAACCCCUCCUACGCUUCUAACAACACCACCGGCUCCGUACCGCCGCAGCUCCUCAUCACAACCGAAGAAAACAUAAUGGGCUCCCCCGAACAGCUCCCUGAGAACCCUUUCUCCGCCCAUCCACAUCCCUCUACCGAGCCAAAACAAUGGAACCGCUGGCUCGUCAUAAUCCAGACCUUCACCGCGCCGUUCUUCAUCCUCCUCGUCGUCUGGGCAAACGUCGAGCCCGAGGACCCGCGCGCCCUCCUCCGCCAAACAAUGUACAGCCUAAUCGCCUCCCUAGUAAUGCUAGCCUUCAUCCUCCUAACCACGACACCCAACCGCCCGCCCCGCUGGCGCCAACUGCUCUGCUUCCUCGGCUUCGCAGUCGCAAUCGCCUGGAUCAGCACGAUCGCGAACGAAGUCGUCGGCGUGCUGCGCACCCUCGGCGUAAUCCUGAACAUGUCCGACGCGAUCCUCGGACUGACCAUCUUCGCCGUGGGCAACAGUCUGGGCGACCUCGUCGCCGACAUUACGGUCGCGCGCCUUGGGUUCCCUGUUAUGGCGCUGUCUGCCUGCUUUGGGGGCCCGAUGCUAAAUAUCCUCCUCGGUAUUGGGCUGAGUGGGACGUAUAUGAUUCUCACCAAGGGUGAGCAUAGGCAUGAUAAGCACCCCAAUGAACCUAUUCAUUUCAAACCAUAUCAUAUUGCGGUCAGCACAACCCUGGUCAUCUCUGGGGCGAGUCUGCUUGUUACGCUUGCGGGGUUGCUUGUGGCCGUGCCGGUCAGGAAAUGGAGGAUGGAUAAAUGGAUUGGGUGGGGCUUGGUGGCUACUUGGACGGUCAGCACGGCAGCGAACGUACUGGUGGAAACUUUGGGAUUCAGCAGCGAUGUCAGUUGACUAUCAGGUUGAGCUUGGGAUGGCUUGGUUUAGCUCGUGUUGCUGUUGGUUGUAAUGUCUUGUAUAGACCGCACAGCAUACUCACUAGGCGUUUUGGGCUGCGUUCAUAUACCACUUUGCUUUUCGUAUCUGUUUUGCUUUAGGAGCGUACAUAUCUUGCACCCUACCGGAGGGAUGUCGCAGCAUGCAUCAUAUUGAUUCCACGUUAUCCUCUUGAUGCUGCAAAGGCCACGAGCUUCCAGCUCAGCGUCGGCUUUGUUGCUGUGCAGGAGUAGCCAACAUCAAGAUCUUCACA